UUUCGAUUAGGGAGUGACGUAAACAGCGGAGUGUCAUGGCGAGUGUUGUUAGUUUGUUUUGCUGGCGAGUCAGCUGAUUCUAAUGUGUAUCAUGAAUUCAUGAACAAACUAGAACUAUUAAGUGGCUGGACUUUGACAGUAAGCGCUGACAAGUGCUAAAUGACGUCAGACACAGACGAAAUAAACCCUGUAGCAGCCACAACGGCCGCCGCGGUGGUGGACGAGCGAAUACGAUCCUUGUCAACGGCGUCCGAGGCUUCUGAGGACUCUGCCACUGCUCUCCUUCCAGACGUUACAUUUGGUCCCGGGAAUCACACUGGUAUGGGCUCACCCAGGAGUAAUAGGGAGAGUCAACCUCUCCUUGGUGCAAGACAUGAACAAGAUGACUUCAACCAUUGGCCAGAUGACCCACACUUCACAGACUUGGUCAGACAAGCAGAAACAUCUAUAGAAAGUGGAAUAUAUCCUGAAAGGAUAUACCAAGGGUCCAGUGGGAGCUACUUUGUCAAAAACAGUAAUGUGAAAGUUAUUGCUGUAUACAAACCCAAAGAUGAGGAACCAUAUGGUCGCCUUAAUCCCAAGUGGACCAAGUGGCUACAUAAAGUCUGCUGUCCAUGCUGCUUUGGUCGCUCAUGCCUCGUGCCUAACCAGGGAUACUUAUCUGAGGCUGGAGCCUCCCUUGUAGAUCAGAAGUUACAGCUCAAUGUUGUUCCUAAAACUAGGGUAGUAAAAUUAGCCAGUGAAACUUUCAAUUACACAAGGAUAGAUCGUGAGAAAUCAAGAGCGAAGAAGCUGGUCUCUGAAAGAUUUCCCAAAGUAGGUCGGCAUUUCCACAGAAUUGGACUUCCACCUAAAGUUGGAUCAUUCCAAUUGUUUGUGGAGGGGUUCAAAGAUGCAGACUAUUGGCUGAGGCGAUUUGAGACUGAGCCUUUAGGGGAGACAACUAGCAGGCAGUUUCAGUUACAGUUUGAGCGCCUUGUUAUUUUGGACUACAUCAUUAGAAAUACAGACCGUGGUAAUGACAACUGGCUGAUAAAGUAUGACAAACCAGAACUAGCAGAUGAAGGAGAGGGUGAGGACUGGUCAGUGGUGAAGCCCCCAGAGGUCAGAGUAGCUGCAAUUGACAAUGGCCUGGCCUUCCCAUUUAAACAUCCUGACUCGUGGCGAGCUUAUCCUUACCAUUGGGCAUGGCUACCAUGGGCCAAAAUUGCUUUCAGCAAUGAAAUUAGGGACCUUGUUCUCCCACUGUUAUCAGACAUGAAUUUUGUCCAAGAACUUUGUGAUGAUAUGUAUAAUUUGUUUCAGACUGACAAAGGAUUUGAUCGUCACAUUUUUGAGCGGCAAAUGUCUGUGAUGCGUGGACAAAUUUUAAACCUAACUCAAGCCCUUAGAGAUGGCAAGAGUCCUGUACAGCUGGUUCAAAUGCCUGCAGUUAUUGUUGAACGGUCUAAAGGGCGUGUUGGGACAACAGCCCGCUUCCGAUCCUUCAGUGACACAUUCACACAGUCAUUCCAAGAAAAGAGUCCGUUCUUCUCAUGGUGCUGAGGGAAGAUGACAAUAAAAUUUAUUUUUUCCCCAUCACACCAUUGGAUUGGCUUUUGAGUAUUUUGGCAGGUCUUUACACAUAGCUCAGUUAACUAUUGAUUACACGUGUACUUUUUGAUAUAGUGUUUGUUAAAUUUUUUUAAAUGCAUUUAAAUGUACAGAAAAGUGUCUUAUUGGUAUCAGAUCAUCAUGAAAUAUUCUCACAGAGCCUUGAUCAUAUUUGUUAAGGAUGGGAUCAAUCAUACUGCACUUCAAGAAUGCUUUUAAGUAUUUUUAUAUUAUUUAAAUCAAUAGUACUGAAUGAGAACAAUAAGAUGUACUGGAAAUUAAAUGCACAAAGUUCAUCUCAUAAUAAUUGGCUAUAAAGAUGAAAAUGAUCCAGGUUCUACUCUAUAAGAAUGUUGAAUGUAAUAUUGAGCCUUGACUUACCCUUGAUGCAACUGAUAAAAGAUUGGACUCUUAAAACCAUGCAUACAUCUUUGGCCAUUAACAAUUGAUCUAUUUUGAAAUAUUAGAAGUACCUAAUUGAAACAUGAGUUUUGCAUUACUAGUUCAAUGGUAACUCAAGGUUUUCAGUUUUGUACCAGUCAUUGUCAUCAAUUUAUACACCAGGUGACUUCCUACAUAGUGCAGCAUGAUGGGGGAGGGAGGGGAUUAUGUGUUUCAGCUGUUUGACAUAUUUGGUCAGUCAGUCUCAUAUAUUGAAAUUGUUGGUCAAUAGAAGAAAUCAAAUUACUUGUGGCACAGCCCUCUUGUUUCAUUCCCUUAAGUAUGAACCUAGAUUUUAUGUUUUCAAAGGAUAUAUUUUAGGUAUUUUGACUUUUCUGUUGGCAAUUUUAACAGUAAUUCAUUAAUGCCAGAUAAGGGGAAUUAACUGUAUCCUAAGGAAGUGCCACCUUUGGCCAGUUGUAACAUUCAGAGUUUCCAUAGUUUGAUUUACUCACAUUGAGUAAAUUAGGCUAUAUAUUUUUACGUAAACACAACUAGGUGUGUGGAUAUAAGUUGCAAGAGGUGAAAUGCUAUAUUAAGAACAGUAAGAAAAAAUAUUUGUGGAAUGUUAGUUUGAUAUCCCUAAGUCAUGACAAGAUUAUUCAUUAUCAUUACUAUUGUUAAACUCAGUUAUAUGACCUGAGGUAAUUGCACAUGGAAGUUACCCUCACUUUUGCAGUUUUUUUUUUCCUGAAUACUGGAACAACGCUUGAUGGUUAGUGGGGGAUGCCAGCCAGCCAGCCCUCCGCAAUACUCUGUGAUAACUUAGAAAGAGCCACAAAUAUUAAACACUGUGCUAAUAUUAACCCAAGCAUUUUUCAUCCCUCUUUCAGUGGUGUUUCAGGAUUUAGGAUUCCUUUUUUGAGGAGAUUUAAUUCAUCUUGCUGUUAACAAGUCUUCUGUAAGAUGGUUUUGAAAUUAGCAGUAUGUGACCAAAGCAGAAAUUAAAAGUUUGGGUGUAUAGGCGAUAUAUUUUUCAAUUUCGUAUUGAGUCUGGUAUAACUUAGUAUGAAGAGAAUGAGUGUAGCAUGUGAGAGACGGUAUUUGUUUUAUUAGACGAGUGUACAAGAUGGCAAAUAUAGAAUGUUUAAGUUACCCACAUUCUACUUUUCCUUGUACAGUAUGUGAUAAUCUACAUUUUUGAUUCAGUGUUAUAAAUAUGCUGUGCUUUGUAUUAGCCCUUGUUUCUGAUGUGUGUGUGUGUGUGCGCGCAACUGUGCAUGUAUCACAAGACAUUGGCCUCGGAAGAUGGGAUAAGGAGCUAUGCACUGAACAUGUGCAUAAAGGCUCUCUUCACCCUUCAUAAGCAGCAUCAGGAUUAGGCAUUUAAUUAAUGCUUUCUAUUUUGUACACUGGAGUCCAAAGCAGGUUGGGAAAGUAAUACUUCAGUCAGUGAAAUUAUAUGGCUCUCAAUGUAAUUUUGACAGGUUGAUGAGCAUUUCUGAUUAUUGUUACCCAAUGCUUAACCCCUAUAAGGUAAGGAUAUAUUUUUUAACAGUGACUGAGUGAUGCUGUAGCAGGAUAACAAGUUAAAUAAGAGUGAUCUUCUCUUGUGACUUUGUCAACGUACUAUGUAUUUUUAUUUAUCAUAUGAGGCUGUGGAACUAUAUAUUAUCCUUGAUGUACUACUCUCUUGUUUUGUGAUUUUCACAUCAAGUUAAUUAAAAGGCAGCAUUUAUUGAGGAUGUUAGAUGGAAUCUUCAGGAUAUUAACCUCAGGUAGUGGGACAGCAUUAGCCAACAAGAAGGGGGCAAUGAAUGCAUGAAUUGAUGUAAUAGGUUUAUAAGGAAAAUAUUUAGUCAUUAUCAUGGGGUAUAUGUAACUUAACAUUCAAAUGCCUGAAAUCAUCGUGAAACACGCUACCUGAAAUUGUGCAUCAAUACCUAACAUGAUGUACAGUAUAGGACAGGACUGUACUGUGUAUCUGUAUAAGAAAAAAAAAAGGUGCAUUAUGUGAUCUGUUGACCAUCAAAUGACUCUAGUAGUUGGGCACAAAGUGCCCCACAGUAAUGUACAAGAAUGUUGGGCAUCAUUUGAUCUAUGAUAGUGUAUAAGGUAUUUUGGCUUGAUAUGACAAAUGAUAGUUUACAAGAUGUUGGGCAUCAUGUGACCUAGGAUGGUGUACAAGAUGUUGGGUAUCAUGUUAUAGAAGUAUAAUUUGAUCUUGGUUGGUGUACAUGAUGAUAGGUAUCAUGACCUGGGAUGAUGUACAAUAUGUUAGGUAUCAUAUGACCAAUAAUGGUGUAGAGGAGUGAUGCAUAAGUAUUGUGUGUGUUAUGUCCUGCUAUAGUAUGGUAUUAACAACCAGUCUGUCUUGCCUGUGUUUCAUACUUGGAGUAAGAAAUUUUGAGUGAAAUAAUAUUACAAAGGCAAAAUAAAGGUUGGUUCCUGUUCCAAAUAUCUUUCUUAAAUAUCAUUAACUCAAAUGUUCUCUUUCCAUUGCAUGGAAGUUGUUAAAUAUGUUUUAACCUAAUCUCAGUCGUGUAAACCUUUUCUGGCUUUGAAGUUGUGUUGCAUAAUGUUUUCUAGAAUGGUUAACAAAAGGUAAAGGUUUAAUGGAAAAAGUUACGAGGUCUCACUGACCCAUCUAGAGUUGCUCUUAUUGGUUAUUAGAAUUUUGUAUUAGAAAGUUUCAAAAGUCUAUGUUGUAUCCAUUAGAAACUUAUUAUACUAUUCUUUAUUUGAAAGAUAUUGUGAUACCCAGUUGAGAAACUUAUUCUGUUGUAGUGCCUCUUAAGGCAGAAAUAAUAACUGGUUUUCGUAGGAAUAGGACCCCAAAUUCCUUGUAAACUUGCUACUGUUACAUCUUGGAAUACAAGUACUGUUCUGCUUUUAGAGUGUUUAAGCAUAGACCCUUCUAACUUAUUGUAAAUGAAAUAUAUUUAUAUUUUAUGCCUGUAAAUUUUUGUGAAGGAGUAAUUUGUUUAGAGGAGUUAUACAUCCAAGAGUUAUCUAAUGAAUAGUACGUCGUUAUAAUAUCUAAUAUGCCUUUCCCACCAAACAGCAGGGUUGUUAAUUCAAAAACUCAAAUACUCCCUUUAUUCUUAUAAUAAAUUCUUUGCUUCUUAAGACUUUCUACAUGUCCUUAAAUCUUCAGACUCCAUCCUGGAAUUUUUUUUGGACAGUUCCACUAAUUUCAUAUUUGCCUCUUAUAAUUUGUGUCCCAUAAAGUGCUCUACCGGCCAUCUUUUUGGUACAUCUGCCCGUUUAACAAAAUUGACUGAUAUGUGGAAUAUGUAGAAUUUUUGACUGGUUGUUGUUACUGAUGCUCGGUUAAAAAUGAAGAAAUUUUAAUGUUGCAUUGAAGACUGCCAGUUUCCUCCUUUUCUCUUUCACAAAUGAUUUGUAAACUUGUGAGAAUGAUGCAUGUUUAGGAUGGUGCCUUCAUAUUGUAUAUUGUUCUGUCUACAUAUUGUAUAUGCUUAAUGUGAAUAUAGGGAACUAUCUUGAAGUUGUUGGGGGCUUUGCCAAAUUAUACCUGUAUUUUGAACUGUAAUAGUAUUUUUUAAGGAUGAGCCUUUUUCUUGUAUUAUACUGGUAAUUUUUUCAAGAAAAUUUACAAAGGUUUGUAUCUACACAAGGUACCUAACUUGCCUUGACAGUUCAUCAUAUCUCUUCUGAAUGAUUCAUGAGAUACAUUCACCAAAGAAUAUCUUAUUACAAACACUUUCAUACACCCUCGGUCAACAGUCUAUAAACAAGGUCAAUGCAAACUGUUAUACUUGUACCUAUUUAUCUCUCUAUUACUGUAUGUCAAAGCUUCCUUAUAAAUAUACCUAGUCUUAACAUUUGUUUAAA